AUGUUUCCUUUCAGCCAACAGGCAGAUCAGUCUGAGACCCCCACAUACUUCACACAGGAAGAGCUCAGCAAACUGAAGUCCGAGUUCGAAACGGGUGGUGUUGAAAAGAUUAAACCUCUGCUGGAGAAGAAGGUGAAAGAACUGGACAACACCGAGCUGAACAUCGCCGUGACGGGAGACUCGGGUGCAGGAAAAUCCACCUUCAUCAACGCCAUGAGAGGGCUUCGUAGCGAAGAUGAGGGCGCGGCUGCGGUUGGGACCACGGAAACUACAACGGAGCCAACCGGAUACCCACAUCCCACUCUGCCCAAUGUCCGCUACUGGGACCUGCCGGGGACCGGAUCCCCACGAUUCACCGCGGGUUCCUACCUGAAGAAAAUGCAAUUAAAAAAAUACGAUUUCUUCAUCAUAGUGGCAGUUAAUCGAUUCACAGAGAAUGAUGCAAAACUUGCCAAGGAGAUUAAGCGGCUGGGGAAGAAGUUCUAUUUUGUCCGCUCUAAGAUUGACGAUGACCUUAAUUCAAUGCGACAGCAACAGACGACAUUUGAUGAAGAUGCAGAAAUGGAAAAGAUCCGGAGCGACUGCGUCAGUCAGUUGGGAAAGGCCGGGAUCCCUGAUCCCACCGUGUUCCUGAUAUCCAGUUUUAAGAAGAAUAUGUAUGAUUUCCCUCAUUUAAUUAAAUCACUUGGAGCUGGUUUACCAAAUGUAAAGGAAUCUGUCUUUGUCCUGGCCCUUCCCAACCUCAGUGUGGAGAUUAUUCGGAAGAAAGGUGAGGUGUUGAAGAAACGUAUCUGGAUGUGGGCGAUCAUAUAGGGAGGAGUGGGAGCGAUCCCGGUCCUGGGUCUCUCUGCCGCCUGUGACAUGGGGAUAUUGAUUGGAGCUGUAAUCAAUUUCCGUAAAUGCCUGUGUCUGAAUGAUGCUGCUCUCCGCAGAUUGGCCGAGAAAACAAGCAAGUCCGUUGAAGAGUUGAAAGCCGCAGCACAAUCAAGCCUACUGGAAGAAAUAACUGCACAAGUAAUAGUAAGGCUGCGUUUGGGGGCUGUCGCCGUUGCUGUUUCAGCCAUCGAAGCCGCUCUUUACUUUGUCCCAGGCGUUGGUUCCGUUUUUGGAGCCGGGUCAUCAUUUCUGAUGACCUACAUGAUACUGAAUGAUGCGCUGAAGCUUCUGAUGGAGACCGCGGAGAAGGUGCUCGCUGUUGCCAAAGGCGCCCAUUAACCGCUCUGUAUCAAUAUAUAUCCCGUCAGUUCACGUUGUGCUGGGCUUCAUACUUUGAAGAAAGCUAACGCCAAAUCAUGCGCUAAUUCUACUCGAACUGAUUGCUGUUUGCUUGGAGCUGUGCGUUAGUCCGCCUAGGCCCACGUGAUCUCCCGUUUGCUAAAUACUCCCCCUCCCAUUCCCACUGACCUUUCUGUCCUGGACCUCCUCCACUGUUAGAGUGAGGCCUCCCACAAAUUGGCGGAACAGCAUCUCAUAUUUCGCUUGGGGAGCUCACAAAUCCGCGGUACGAAUAUUAAUUUGUCCAAUUUCAAGGAGCCCUUGCUAUCCCUCUCUCUCCACCCUCCCCCAUUCUAGUUUUCAGACUGGAUUUACUGACGUCCUGAUUUAAUGUUUACUGAUUGAAUGCCUCCUUGUCACCUUCCCCAGGGCUAACAACGACACAUGCCAGUCUACAUUUCCCUUCAGUGGCGUCCCCUUUGAUCUCUCGUUUUCACACCUUACCCUUCCAUAGGGAUGUUGCCUGUCCCGCUGAGUUACUGCAGCGUUUUGUGUCUGUCUAUGAUUCUACCAGCCCGUUUGUGUCCCUCAGAACUUCCCGACAAGCAACAAUAAACCAGUUCUCAUUCAGCAGCAAAACACUCCAAUGCAUUUACUUUGGUGUCAAUGUGAACUGGAAAGUCAGCGCCUUCAUUAGGUUGUGACUGGCAGCGAGUGUCUGGGAAGGACGUUUCUCUCCAGGACGGGAACCUUCCAGUGUGGGGGAAAGUGGGAACGCAUCUGAGAACCUGUCACUUGUCUUAUUCCCAGUAAUCUUCACCAAGGUGAAGGAGUGGAUAUACAUCUGCAAGAAGACCAACUCUCUGUGAGGGAACUGGGACCAUGUCUAUCAUCUACAGCUCCAGACAAAGAGAUAUGGAGAAUGUUUAGAACUGAUGAGAAUGACCCGCCUGAAAUACAUCCCACUGGAAUGUGGGCGGCACAGUGGCG